CAACCUAUUGUUGUGUAGACCUAAAACCCCAACACUGGAACGAGCAAAGAGUUUAGGCAAGAGGCACAAUUAUUAUGAAUUAAGAAUGUUUGGGUCUAUGUUUUGCUACUGCCCUUGUCCCAGUCUUUUCCAUUACUUUUGUCCAGCUUUAAUCUCCUCUUACAACCACCAUGAAUUGAGAUUGAAGCAACUCACUACAAAGAAUUAUCGCCUCUCAGUUUUGAGCAAUGACAGCGGUAGCUAUGAGGUUGGAGGAGGCUAUCCAGAACUGGAACAAAAUCAAAAUGGUAGGAAUGAAAAGUCGAGCUCAGAUACAUCUUCUCAGCGUGAAGCCCUUCUCAAAGGAGGAGACCAGGUCAUCUCUGUUCUCCAGGAAAUGAUUACCCUAUUGGAAGAUAUGAAUAUGGAUGAAGAAUCUGAAAAAGUGGCGGUAGAGUUGGCUGCGCAAGGAGUUAUUGGAAAGAGAGUUGAUGAGAUGGAGUCUGAUUUCAUGAUGGCUCUUGACUACAUGAUCCAGCUUGCUGAGAAGGACCAGGAUGAUAAGCGGAAGUCACUGUUGGAAGUUAUCAAAGAGACAGUACUAUCACAUCUAACAAAAAAAUGUCCACCCCAUGUUCAAGUAAUUGGUCUUCUUUGUAGAACACCAAAAAAGGAAAGUAGGCAAGAAUUAUUGCGCCGGGUUGCAGCUGGUGGUGGUGUAUUUAAAGGUGAAAAUGAGUUGAAGGUUCAUAUCCCAGGGGCAAAUCUAAAUGACAUCGCUAACCAAGCUGAUGAUUUGUUGGAGGCAAUGGAAACUCGUCCUGUUAUCCCAGAUCGAAAACUUCUUGCUAGGCUUGUUUUGAUUAGAGAAGAAGCUCGUGAUAUGAUGGGAGGGGGAAUUUUAGAUGAAAGAAACCACCGGGGGUUCUAUACUCUUCCUCAGCCUGAAGUGGACUUUUUAGCCAAGUUGGUGGCUCUAAAGCCUGGAAAAAUUGUGCUUGAUAUGAUAAGAAAUGUAAUGCAAGGAAAAGAUGAAGGUGCAGACAAUUCUGACAAUGAUGAUAAGGACGACACCCUAGAUGAGGAGCCAGUUGAAUUUCUUGGAAGGCCAAUUGUAACAGGACAAAAGACACUUCCAGUACGCCCCGGCAUGUUUCUUGAGACUGUUUCCAAGGUCUUAUCCGGUUUAUAUGUUGGAACUGACUCUGGCAUCACUGCGCAACACCUUGAAUGGGUUCACCGAAAGACACUUCAAGUGCUUCAGGAGAUAGCAUUUGGCUAGUUCACUUUGUAUCCUCUCUUUUAUCCUUAUGUACUGUCAAAAGACUUGUUAGGCUUUUUAUAGCUGUAGGGAUAACAUGGCAGAUUAUAUGAAAUAAAGAACGUUUACAAAGUGAAUAAAGUAAAUUCCAUAUAAUAGUAGACAUCAAAAUUUUUGGACUUAGCUUUGUGCUAUUUGGACUUUGCUUUGUGCUAUUUGGUUUAAGCACUGUUGUUUGGGACAUUUGUUAAUUAAUUCUAAUUUAUUAAUUUCAAUA